AUUGGCUGCCCACCUUGUGUACUUCCGGAAACAAAUGGCUUCACAUCCGCUCCACAUCCUGCAUCGAGUGAUGCUUUGACUUUUCUGAGGUCUAUGUUAAAGAUUAUCGCGAAAAACAGCGGUUAAAGAUUCAUUUGUGCGUGUCAGUUGUAAGCUAUGGUGAAGUGACAGAGAAAGGUGACUUUGGCUGUCAUGCAAGAUUUUCAGCGAAUAAUACAGUUUCAGCCUGUUACACAGAGAUAUCAUGUGGCUUCGGAAGACCAGAAAUACACCCACAAAGCAUUUUGGAACUCCUGGUGAUAAAGUGAGUGCCAUGCAGAGACGCCACAGCAGCAACACUGAAGGCAUGCCGCCAGAAAGGAACAGAAGUCAAACUCUCGGUUCAGAGAGCAGUCUUGAUGAAGGAGGAGUGUUCGACUGUCUGAAGCCAGACUCUCCUACUCCGUCCCAGCAGCUCUUCUCUGGUCUGGUGGGUGUCUCUGCUGGGAACGUGUCCUCAGCUCCCUUCCAGGCUGCGGGGCUGGUUCUGGGUUCUCCACCGGACGUCUUCAUCCAGAUGGCGUCCUCAUCGAGGGACGAAGGCUCUCACCGGACGGAGAACCCACAUUAUCUCCCUCGCCCUCCUCAGCACCAUCAUCAUCACUCCGGCCAGCACCACUCUUCUCUCCUGCAUGCGGCCACCUCCGCUGAGAGACACGGGAGUAGAGAUGACGGAAGAAUUGCUAUUUGCAUUGGAAUGAUCAGCACAUUUGCCUUUGCUAACUCAACGCUGAAGCAUCAGGUGGCAUUGCGGGAGGAGAGGUCUGUGUUCACCACUCUCUGGAUUAUGAUCUUUCUCACCGGCAACAUUGUGUAUGUGUAUUACACGUUCAGCGCAGAGGAACUUCACAACAGCCUUAUUUUUGCAAGGCCAAACAUCAACAGUUAUGAUUUCUUUGACCUGAUCUGGGCUGUUGGAAUAACAGAUUUUGUGCUGAAAUAUUUCACCAUCGAGCUCAAAUGCCUCAUACUGUUCCUACCUAAAAUGAUCCUCGCUUUCAAGUCCAGGGGGAAGUUUUAUCUGCUCAUAGAGGAGCUGAGUCAACUCUUCAGAGCUUUGGUUCCCAUCCAGCUGUGGUACAAGUACAUCAUGGGUGAAGAUCCAUCCAGCAGCUACUUCCUUGGGGCAACGCUGAUUAUCAUCUACAGUCUUUGUAAGUCAUUUGAUUUGUGUGGAAGGAUAUCUGGCAUUCGAAAAGCAUUCGUCAUUCUCUGUAGCUCACAGAGUUACGGUACGAGAGCCAGUGCUCAGCAGUGCAGUGAGGCCGGGGAUGUGUGUGCGAUCUGCCAGUCUGACUUCAGAGAGCCAAUCGCACUGCUCUGUCAGCAUGUGUUCUGUGAGGAGUGUUUAUGCCUGUGGUUUGACCGGGAGAGGACGUGUCCGUUGUGUCGCUCAACUGUGGUGGAAACUCCACGCAACUGGAAGGAUGGCACAACGUCGGCACACUUUCAGAUCUACUGAAUGGAGACCCAGCGGAAUGAUGAAGGUUUUGAGGUCCACUUGAAUCAGAUUAAACUUGUUUACCGUGCAUAAGAUGUUCCUGUUUGUAAUGUUGUAUAAAGGGAAGUGGGACAAUAUGUUAUGUCAUUGAAUGUAAUGUACAGUUGCACCAUUACAUUAUGUCUGAUAACAAA